AUGGCGGUCUGGCGUGUUAUUCAUCGUAUAUUGAAUCCGUCUCCACAACCUUUGCGACUUGAUGUCAACGAACUAAAUACAUAUUUUGCAGAGACUGCUCAGCGUACCACUGGAAAUUUAGAUGUGGACAUUAAGGAAGAUUUGCUAGACUUUGUUGAUAGCUUACCACCAGCACCCAUGGAAGAAGAACCAUCUAUCUUACGUCAUGUCACCCACAAUGAGGUUCUCAAUGAGAUUAAAAUCAUUCAUUCUGAUACAUCAACGGGACCUGACCAAAUACCAAUUAAGUAUCUUAAACCUGUUGCAGAAUCAAUCGCACGACCGUUGACUCACAUACCAAAUUCAUUUAUUGCCCAGUCACUUUUUCCUAACGCAUGGAAAGUGGCCAGAAUAACUCCGAUUCCAAAGACCAACGGCUCUGUCAGUGUUCCAAAUAUGCGGCCAAUUUCGAUUCUCACAGUUGUUUCGAAAGU